UCUCUCUCAUUGAAUUAAACAUUUCCCUUUAAUUUCUGGUUUAAUUUUCUUCAUAAUCAAAUGUAAUGUAAACUUUUAAAUACUUUGAUUGUGUAAAUUUAGUUAAAUCAUUAAUCUGAUUGUGUGAAGUGUCAAUGCCUAAAUUGAAUAAAUCAAUUUGUCCUAAAUUGUUUAGUCCGAUCAAAUUUUGGAAACGUAAUCCAUUAGCUAAAUGUUCAAUUAAAUCAAUUAUGGACAAGGAGUUUAAUCAUUUUCUAAUUGAUCUUGCUACAAGUAAUGUCGAUUCCCCAAUGGUCAUAAUCAAUGUCGAUGAAAUUAUCAAACGGAUUGAGCGCUGGUCAGAAAAAUUGAAAGUUGACCCUUACUAUUAUGUCCAUUGUAAUGCCCACCCUUUAAUCAUCAAAAUCAUGUCGGCAUUUGAUUUGCCAUUUAGCUGUUCAUCAGUCGCUGAAAUUGAACGGGUUCUUUCAAUUACUACUAAUAAAUGGCCUGACAAGUUCCGUUCGGAUAAAUCGGGUAGAUCAGAUAAAGGUCGAAUUAUUGUUUCCGUUCCUCAUAAAACUCAAGAUCUAUUGAAGACUUCGUGUAAACAUAAUGUUGAAUUCGUGGUCGCCGAUAGUGAAUUUGAACUGGUAAAGAUCAAAUCGAUGGCACCGAAGGCGAGUGUCCUCAUUAGAAUUCAAAUUCCUCGAAAGAAAACCGAGAAAACUUAUAUGGAAACUUAUAUGUGUACCAAAGAUUCAAAGUAUGGAGUUUCCAAUAGGUCACAAGUCGAUCAGAUGUUACAUAUCGCCAAAGAAUCGAGCAUUGAAAUCGUUGGGGUUACAUUCAAUGUUGGAACUAAUUGUCAAGACCCGGAAGCAUUUGAAUUAGCGGUGGACGAAGCAAUCAAAGUGAUCGAAGUUGGAACAGAAAAACAAUUCGAUAUGUUUCUGCUCAAUAUCGGCGGUGGAUUUCCAAGUAGCUUUAAUUAUCACACUGAGAACGAAUAUAUGUCCAGAUUAAGUCGAGUAAUUGAGAGAGCAAACAAGAAGGAGAAAUUGAAAAUUAUCGCCGAACCAGGUCGAUAUUUCGUCGAAUCCUCUGUUUGGCUAAUGGUUCGUAUUAUCGGUAAACGGGUAAUCGAAACUCUCAAUGGCGAACAGAUUUGUCACUACCAUGUGAAUGAAAGUCGAUUUGGUUUACUUACCGUUUAUGCUUCUCGAGAAUCACUUCCGAUGCCAUUUCCCUUUUACGAUAAACAAUCACCUCGAAAUAAUUACAAAUCAAUGGUCUGGGGUAAAUCGGGUUCACUUGAUGAUUUAAUCAUGUCCAACAUUGAAUUACCUGAGUUGGUUAUCGGUGAAUAUUUGGCCUUCCAACAGUGUGGAGCUUAUUUACCUCACACCAAUUUAAUUGGAUUACCAAAUGAUCGCGAUUCUCAGCCCAUUUACCGAUACUUUGCCUCUGAAAAAGUUCAAAAAGUUCUGGAAGCAAAAGGAAUCAUUUGGACUGAUUUGAUUAAAAAGAUGGAAAAUUAUGGUUGUGAUAAAAGACUUUCAACCGAUUGUAAAUUUAACAAUAAUCCUACCGUUUGAGUUCAAUUCCAUUGUUAACAAUUAACAAUAAAUGUUACAAUUCAAUUGAAUGUUUCAAAUCUCACAAAAACAAAUCAAAACAAAACAAUAAAAAUAAAAAACAAAAACAAUUAAAUCCUAAAUCAUUUCAUCAUAUUGAUUACACAAAAACAAAGUCAAACAAUCAACAAAAUCAAUUGACAUUCUAUUCUAAUUACAAGACAAGUUAAACAACAAUUAAAGGCGAUGAUGAUUUGAGAGUCGAAACAAUUAAAUUUAGAAAUUAAUUCGCCACCAGCGUCACGAGAUGUCGUUGAUUUCGCGAUUCGGAAGGUGAAUUGACAAAAGCGUUUUUGUUUUUGCCUCUCAAUCAGUUUCAUUGUUUUUCUUUGUUUCAUUCUUCAUUUUUGAUUCUAAAUUCUAAUUCUGUUUUGAUUUGAACAACUCUAAUGGCUGAAUUGUACAAUGUAGCGUGUGCUGAAUGUUCAAAGGACCCAUUCAUCAUGAAGCUAUUGACUGAUAGAAACUGGCCUGCAGUUCGAAGGAAAAUGCUAGAGAUGCACGGAGGUGGACGAACAGUGACCAAAGGGCAAAUAAUUCAAGCAAUGCUUGAGCAUAACCUAAACAACAACAAGUAAACUGACCAGCCAAACACGUUGCAAUUGGGUCGUUCAGCUAUUAUGUUCCUACGAUGCCUUACAAAGUGAUCUCUAGGUCGACUUCUUAUAAAUUUUUUUCUCCAAAAUAAUCCAAUCUCCCUUGUGCGGCCUUACAAUUUGGCCAUAAAAAGCCAACCCAUCUUUUCAUUUACUUAAUUGUAUCAAUAUUAUAUCUAAAAAAUGAAUCAAAUUAUCUAAAUUCUA